UUCAGCUUGCCAAAUAGUUCCGGCUCUCUAACAAGUCAACUUCAGACCAUGGCUGCGUCACAAGUUUCUGGCAUGAAGAUGAGGAAUCUUCUUUUUGCGGUUAUUCUUGGACUUCUUGCUGUUGUCCACUCAACACCUGUUAAUACUGUGACCCAGAUCCCCACCAAAGCUGAGGAUGAGGUCAUGAGGCAGGCCGUGACGGAGGGGUUCCUCGUCGACCACUUUUCCCUCCCUUCACUCACAACCGAAUCACCCAAAGGAGACACGACCGUUCAAGCAUCCCAGCAGCCGUCCUCUGACUCCACAGUGAGCGACGCGGUUGAGGGCUAUAUAGGGGAGACCAACGACGUAUCCACGACCUCUGUGUCCCUCCAGUUUUCAACCACAACUCAGAGUGUUUCAGAUGCUCCGAGCUCUACCUCCACAGUGGUGCCAGGGCACACUGAUGACUCCAGUUCAGAUUCGACCACCACCCAAAGCCAUCAUGCUAGCUUUACCACUUCAUCAGUGGCAAACGAAGCCCAGUCAAGCGUCACCCCAGACCGCAUCCCGGUAUCUCAAACCACUGACCCUGCUGUCUCCAUCUUUCACUUCCUGAGCACCCAGAGUUCGGAUUCAGGGUCUGGAGAUGGACAGACGGACUCGACUACAACCUCCAGUAUGACCUCGAGCUCCAACACAGAAGCUAGCACUGCAUCAUCAAUCUCCAUGACAGAAACUAGCGCUGCAUCAUCAGCCUCCACGACAGAAACUAGCACUGCAUCAUCAACCUCCAUGACAGAAACUAGCACUGCAUCAUCAACCUCCACGACAGAAACUAGCACUGCAUCAGGAUCAGGCGAAGGAUCAGAAUUAGGAUCAGGAAUGGAGAUCAUUGAAAUAAUUGCAAAGACAAAACGUCUUAGUCUUGCUGAAAGCAAAGUGGAAGAUCCUCCGAUUCAACCGGGAUCCCAGAACAAAGAACACAAAACACCAAGUUGGAUCGUUAUCGUUGGUUUUGUUGUUGGUAUUGCAGCACUUGUAAUGCUCUUCGUUGCCAUCGCUACCAGAGACAAGUGGAAUGGACCAAGCAAGGCAUCCCAGCAAGAGACCAAAACUAACGACUCAAACCAGCAGAGGGGGCUAGAGAUGGAGACAUUCCUGCACAAAGACAAUCCCAAAGAGAAUGGAAAGGCGUCAGAGUACACAGUCAUCCCUCUGGACGAGCUCCCAGAGAAAUAUUCAUCACACUGAGGUUCAGAAACAGACCCUCUGGAGGCUUGAGACUCAUCACAGAACCACACGAGUGCGUUUGAAGCAGAUGGAUUUGAUCAGAGGAACAAAACUGUCGGGGCAGUUGAGCAAAAGGUUUCUGUGGACUUUCACAGCUCUGAGCCCAGUCUGAACCACAAUCAUGGUCUGGCUUUUCCUGCUGACUUUCUCUUUACUUUGAAACUUCAGCAAUAUUUCGGUUGAUACAUUUAUUGCCAUAUCAACUAUUGUAUUAACUGUUAAAUACAAAACUGGUCGGGUACGAUGCACAAACAUCUCUUUUAUUUCAAACAAAGUCUUUACAGUGUUUUAUUUCCUGUUUUUUUUUGUAAAUAAUUAAAUGUUUUUUUACUCACAGUUAGAAGAGAAAAAUUGAUUCUGUGUCCAGUCUGGUGAAAAAUAUCGUUGUAAUAUUAUUUUAAAUCUCUUUUUAAUAACAUUAUUGAUGACUGUAUUGUGGAUUGUAACUUAUAUUAAGCAGUUCUGUUGUUUCCACAACAUUCAUUAAAGAAGCUCUGAGUAUUGAACAGUG